GACAAUGGGAUGGAUUCAAUUCAGUAGUUCAUCGAGGUGAUAUAUACAGACAGCUCUCAUCUAGACUAAACCAUAGACAUAACAAGAACAUGAAGAAGAAAUUCAAAGAGAAGGAGAUAAGAAACAUGCGGUAUACCAUAUAACUCAACAACCGACAGCCAGAAGGAACAGACGGGCAACUCACCCGAGAUCACAUGUCUACCAAAUACCGACAGGUCACAUGCAACUCCCAUCCCCGUAAUACGCAAACCAUGCAUACCAUACCCAAGACAGUAAUAAAUUACCUACUUACCGAGUUCUCCCUUCCGGAUCGAAGGAGGCGGAUGGAUGAAUCACAUCCACAUCCACAUCCAUCAUCCCUCCCAUGCAGUCCAUGAUUCAUCAUCAGAAAGGAAUCAUCCUAUACCAUCGCUCCAUCUGCCUCCGUAGAUAUCUUCCCUACCCUCCUUGACACUCUGUGGCUGGUACUUCCCACUCAAUGGCUAUGUGUCCGUGCUUAAGUAGGUGUGUCAGGUCUGUCUGUUCUGUCUACCGAUCCGAUCGUCGCAGGGAAAAUCAAUCGAAACCCCCGAUACACAUGAUACGUAAAGUGGUACCUAUGUUUUCUUGGCGCAGGGUUAGUUUCAACUUCCUUCCGCCGGCUAGAAUAGAUAGAACUGGGUUGCACGGCAGCUCUUCAUGUCGGUUGGCUGUAGGUACUUAUUUUCUACUUAACUAUGAGUCGAGAUUCAUGCACAUGCAGGGAUUAGAGCUGCAGGACAAAAUUUUAGAUGAAAAUUUUUUUUCAUUCUUGCUUUCAUAACCCCCUGAAGUAGAUAGCAGUCAAUUGAUUUAGAAAGGUCUGGCAAAGGUUCGCACUUCUGCCACUGAUCACAUAUAUUUUUGCCCUUGGGUCGCUGAGGCGGUGGUGGUGGUAGGGUGGGUGACGUUUACAUUUGGGAUCGUCAGUCUAGAUCCACCGGGUGAGAGUGAAGGGGGUGCCAUGGACCACAAUGGGUUUGGUUGAUGGCUGAUUUUUUACCAACAUUAAUUGAGUAUUUAUUGGAGUGUGACAGACUAUUCUAGACG